AUGGAAAUCGAACAGUUGGUUUAUGAGACACUCCUACAGGCGAGUAGUCAACAUCCUGAUAUGUUAAAACCUGCUGAACAAAAACUUAAAGAAUGGGAAGUGGAACCAGGAUUUUAUUCAGUGUUAUUCAGAAUAUUUUCAAAUCAAUCAUUAGAUUUAAAUGUUCGUUGGAUGUCAAUUCUAUGUUUUAAACAAGGUGUAGAAAAAUAUUGGAGAAAAAACAUUGAACAUGCCAUUUCCGAAGAAGAAAAAGUGACUCUAAGGAAAAUGCUAUUAAUACAUUUAUCAGAACCUGUCCCUCGACUUGCCACUCAAGUCAGUGUGAUCAUUGGUAGAGUUGCGAGGUUAGAUUGGCCAUAUGAUUGGGGAGAUUUGAUGCCAGAACUUAUAGAACGUAUUAAAUACGAUCCACAGAAUCGUGCAUUACUAUCUAUGCAUCAUGUGGUAAAAUCAUUAGCGGGAAAACGAUUGUAUGAUAGUAUAAAACUCUUCCAAGAUGCUUCCAGCCAACUAUUCCCAAAUUUUUAUAGCCAUUGGGAACAAAGAACAGAUGCUUUUAUUAAAGAGAUGGAACAUGGAAAUGUAUCACCUCCAGUUGCCAAACUUUUGGAAGAUGCAUUUUAUACUCUAAAGAUUUUGUCCAAUUUUGUAUUAUAUGGUUUUAAAUCUCCUUAUCCCAGUGAUGUCAAACGGUUUAUCUUGGCUAUUUUCAAUAAAGUUCGGCCUAUUAUUGCUUGUCGUGCUUACUAUCCUGAUUUAGUUGAAAAAUUUGUCUGUCGUAUGUUUAAAAUGCUAAUGGCAAUCUUAGAAGAUCAUCCAGCUGAAUAUCUGGAUUUCAUUCAACCAACUGUUGAACUGGCUUAUUUCUAUGGUUUUACUGCUGAUGGAAACACUGUUGUCUUUGAGAGAUUCUUAAUACAGCUUUUUAACUUAACCAAAUUAAUAUUAAUUUGUCCACAGUAUAAAUUACCACGUACUAAUGGCCCUAUUUGUGAAAUGGAUGAAACUGCAAAACGAGUAUCAGCUUCAGCAGUUCAACAUAAAGCUUCUGUAUUCAAAUCUGAUAGAUUAAUGAUAAUGUGUCAACAGUUAAUAUACAAGUAUUUUUUAUUAACACCAGCGGAAUUAGAAAUAUGGGAUAGUGAUCCUGAAAUGUUUGCUACUGAUGAAGUAGGAGAAUAUUGGAAGUAUAAUUUAAAAGCGUGUACAGAAUCUUUAUUUAUGUCAUUAUUCCACGAGUUCAGGGAGCUGUUGACACCUAGACUUGCGGCAACCAUUGAGUCAAAUAGGGAGUUUGUUGACCCUACUAAUUUAGAAGCAGUAUUAAAAAAAGAUGCCAUUUAUAAUGCAUUUGGACUUACCGCAUUUGAGAUGUUUGAUAUUAUAAAUUUUGACGAUUGGUUUAAUACGACAUUACGCCAAGAGUUAAUGGAAUCUCAUGGUCAUUCACGUGUAUUGAAGAGACGUGUGGCGUGGUUGAUUGGUCAAUGGCUUACAGUAAGACUGAACCCUGAAUACAGACCUGAAUUAUACAAUAUUCUUAUUGGACUUUUAAACCCUGAACAAGAUAUGGCCGUUCGUUUAGCUGCGACGUCCACUUUACGUUGUGCAAUCGAUGACUUUGAUUUUAGUUCUGAGCAUUUUAUUGAAUACUUGGAACCAAUGGCAUUCUCGUUAUAUAAACUCUUAGUUAGUGUCCGAGAAUGUGACACAAAGUUAAAUGUGCUACAUGUCAUGUCAUUUAUGGUGGAACGAUUAGGUCCGAUGGUAGAACCUUAUUUUGAUUCUUUACUUCAGUAUCUGCCAAAAUUAUGGACAGAUUCAGAUGACCAUCACAUGUUACGCUGUGCAAUUAUUUCCACAUUAACACAAAUUGUACGAGCCAUCCGAACAAAAAGUGCCGAACUGACUCCAUUCCUAGUUCCUAUUAUUCGAUAUAGUGUAGACAUUAAAGAAAAAGCAUACAUUUAUCUACAAGAAGAUGGUCUUGAACUAUUAUUAUCUUACAUUGAAUCGUGUGCAACAUAUAAUGAUGACAUGCUAAGUUUAAUCAAUUAUCUUCUUCCAUUACUAGAUUACUCUACUGAACAUCUAAAAACUGGAUUAAUGAUACUUGAAGCUUAUGUUCUGAUUGCACCAGAUAGGGUCAUAUCGGAAUAUGGUACUCAAUUAUUUAGCUUAACUACAUCUUUAAUGAAUGAUUUGAAAGAUGAAGGAAUUGUUUGUAUAUUAUCGUUAUAUGAAACAAUUAUAAAAGUAAAUUUACCACAAACUAUUGAGUUAAUGAUGGUCGUUUUAGGACAAAAUUUAAAGUGUUUAUGUUCUGGUGAAAUGGGUUUGGCCAUAAAUAGUUGCCGGUUAUCUUUAAUUUCUAGAGUUAUAUUAAAUGAUUCAAGUAUUUUUAUUAAAGUUGUAGAACAUUUAUGUAUGAGCGAAAAUGGAAAUUUAAUGAAUUUUGAUAAUGUACUUAAUAGAAUAAUUGAAGUUUGGUUAGAAAGAAUGAAUCAAAUUGUACAAAAUGAUAGAAGAAAAUUAUUAUGUCUUGCUUUAGCAUCACUUUUAACUUGUCAAAAAAAACCAAUUUUAGAAUUAUUUAAAGAAAUCAUAACUGUGUGUGUAGAAACUUUAAAUGACAUAAUGAGAAAGACUGACGAUGGAAUUUAUGCAGAUUCCAUGUUAAUGACUGACGAUUGCUCCAAUGUAAGCUCACGGGCAAAUUCCGAGUGCGAAUAUCAAUAUGAAACCGAACACAAUGAACGUCAAAGAUGCCUGUCGCUCAAAGACCCUAUUCACUGCAUUCCAUUCCAUAAAUACCUGCAAUCUCAAUUGUUGGCUUUGCAAAAUCAAAUCGGAGAACAGCAAUUCCAAGGUGUUCUUAUAUCUAAGGUCGGCAGUGAUAUACUUGAACAACUCUAUGUGUACAUGUAA